CCUUCUCUCUGCUGGUUGGGGCGGAGGGGCUCCUAUUCAUUUGGUUUUAUUUUAGUCACUCUGCCCCAGAUCUUUCUGGGAGGCUGCUUCUUAGCAGCCCAGACCCAGAGGGGCCCCCUGCCGCUGGCAGAGGGCGGAGGAGUUAAAGGCAUUAACCCCUCCCAGUCCCUUCCUAGAGGAGCCACCCAGCCUCGGCGGGGCGCUCAGAGACUUCGCCUUGCAAAAGUGGUGCGGGCAGCGCAGGCAGGGCUGGCCAUUGGAGUGCACCGCUGAGGAGGGAGGGGACCCCAGCUCAGGGAACUUUGCGAGUGAGCUGGUCGCCGUCAGUCGCCGACAGCAGCAAGAUGCGGAUCGCGCGGUGUAGACCCAGAGUCCUGCGGACGCAGCUUCGUCCGGCUUGAGCGAGGCUGCUGUUUCUCGGAGGCCUCUCCAGCCAAGGAAAAACUCCAUUAAAAAAAAAAAAAAAAGCAUUGGAUUGCUCACUGACCUGGCCUUGCUGUAACUGAAGGCUCACUCAACCUCGCCCUCUAGCGUUUGCCUGGAGAAGUACCACCCCGGGCUCCUGGAAACACAAUCAGCGGCUAUGGUGUCCACUAGCAUCCCGGAGGUUAAGGCUCUCCGCAGCUCAGUCUCUGACUAUGGGAACUAUGAUAUCAUAGUCCGGCAUUACAACUACACAGGCAAGUUGAACAUCGGGGCGGAGAAGGACCAUGGCAUUAAACUGACUUCAGUGGUGUUCAUUCUCAUCUGCUGCUUCAUCAUCCUAGAGAAUAUAUUUGUCUUGCUAACUAUUUGGAAAACCAAGAAGUUCCACCGGCCCAUGUACUAUUUCAUAGGCAACCUAGCCCUCUCGGACCUAUUAGCAGGCGUGGCUUACACAGCUAACCUGUUGUUGUCUGGGGCCACCACCUACAAGCUCACGCCUGCCCAGUGGUUUCUGCGGGAAGGGAGUAUGUUUGUGGCUCUCUCUGCAUCAGUCUUCAGCCUCCUUGCCAUCGCCAUUGAGCGCUACAUCACCAUGCUGAAGAUGAAACUACACAAUGGGAGCAACAGCUCGCGCUCCUUUCUGCUGAUCAGCGCCUGCUGGGUCAUCUCCCUCAUUCUGGGGGGCCUGCCCAUCAUGGGCUGGAACUGCAUCAGCUCGCUGUCUAGCUGCUCCACCGUGCUCCCGCUCUACCACAAGCACUAUAUCCUCUUCUGCACCACCGUCUUCACUCUGCUCCUGCUUUCCAUUGUCAUCCUCUACUGCAGGAUCUACUCCUUGGUCAGGACUCGAAGCCGCCGCCUGACCUUCCGCAAAAACAUCUCCAAGGCCAGUCGCAGUUCUGAGAAGUCUCUGGCCUUGCUGAAGACGGUGAUCAUUGUCCUGAGUGUCUUCAUUGCCUGCUGGGCCCCUCUCUUCAUCCUACUACUGUUAGAUGUGGGUUGCAAGGCGAAGACCUGUGACAUCCUGUACAAAGCAGAGUACUUCCUGGUUCUGGCUGUGCUGAACUCAGGUACCAACCCCAUCAUCUACACUCUGACCAACAAGGAGAUGCGCCGGGCCUUCAUCAGGAUCGUAUCUUGUUGCAAAUGCCCCAACGGAGACUCUGCUGGCAAAUUCAAGAGGCCCAUCAUCCCAGGCAUGGAAUUUAGCCGCAGCAAAUCAGACAACUCCUCUCACCCCCAGAAGGACGAUGGGGACAACCCAGAGACCAUUAUGUCGUCUGGAAACGUCAAUUCUUCUUCCUAAAGCCGGAAGCUGUUGAUACCGAGGGAAGCAUUCUGACUUGAUCACCCACUACCCCAGCAUUUCAAAAAUGUCUCUCGCUCUCCACUGCUGCAAGGAAGGAGCAACUGGGAGCCCGAGAGAGGGAGGGAAGGGAGAAUGUGCGGCCUGGUGAUACCAUGAUGUAGGUAGGUAGUAAUUGUGAACAAUGCACUGGGAAGGGUGGAGAUCAGGUCUGGCCUGCAGUGGGUUUCCUGCCCCCCGCCAUACCCCGGAGCUUUGAUUUUGCACUGAGCCAAAGGUCUAGCAUUGUCAAGCUCCCAGAGGGCUCAUCUGGUCCCUCCUCAAAGACUAAGGUCCCAAGAGAAAGUGUUGUGAUCUCUCACUGUAAUGUCAAAGUGAGUAUGUGCCCUUAGCUUGGUUGGGUGGUGUACAUGUCCCCAUCCUCCGUUUCUUCUCACCUUGUCUCCCCUUACCACCCCUUCUUUAUAUUGUAACUGCCUGACUUUUGUUCAUCAGAGGGAGGUCGUGGAGGGGUCUAUUUCUUGAUUGUCUCUAGCGAGCAAGCUAUUUGCUGGGAAGGCUAUUUGCUGAGGCCAAAGUUUCCAUGUAAGCUGGGUCAAGUUGUUGGGAAUUUGGUAGGCCAUCUUUAAGAUGAAAAUGUGUUCCUUUUCUGUCACAUGUUGCUUAGUCCCAUUACAACCACAAUGGUUGAGAAUGAAGAAUAAUGAAGAAUAACGAAGUCUACUUUAUUUGAAUUAUACUGGGCAGAAUCUAAGAUGAUACGGGAAAAGCAAAAAACAAACAAACAAAAAACUACAGCAUGAGGCGAAAUGUGAGAGUUAAGUUGUGCAGACCAAGAGCUGUUUCUUGCUGUCUUUCUCUAACCCAUACAGCAUCCUUGGCACUUUUAUUGAUGAUUUCAGAAUGUUGUGUGAUCCAUUUCAACCAACUGGUGGAGAGUUGUAUUUUGUUUAAAGAACAUUUUCUGAUUUUCGAAUGUAUUUGUUUCUUUGAGGUCAUCUUAUUGAACGUCUUCCUAACCUGUGUUAACACCACUGAAUGUGUAGGUUUUAAGAAAGUGCCAUCCUUUUGUACACCCCCCCUCAAAAAGCAUUACUUUAACUGACAGGGAACAUCAGGAAUUCUUUAUUUCAGCUGUCACUAGGUAUUGAUGUUGGGUAUAAAUGUUAUGGAGAAUAAAAAUAUAUUAGUCUCUUUAGUCUGGUGUUCAGUGAGUGCAAUUAAGCCAAGAAAUGUCUUUUUUUAAAAAUAGUAUUUAAUAGGUUCCUGACUUUUGUGGAUCAUUUUGCACAUAGCUUUAUCAACUUUUAAACAUUAAUAAACUGAUUUUUUAAAAGA